AUGCCCUGCUUUGGGGGAUGGCUCCCAUACCCACCCAACAGCUGCUGCCCCAGCUGUGGUCCGGGAGUGAAGUCGACACUGCAGUUGCUAUGCCCGGUGGCCAGUGGAGCCGGCUUACCAGUUCCUCCCUAGGGCUUUCCUGCCAGUGCCAAGGCAGUGCUCCUGCCACCUUGGCCAAGUUUCCAUAUGCCAUUUGCCAGCAUGUGGAAGUUCUAUGUGUUUGUGAGGGUGUUUGUAGAAAUGGACUGUUUCUUUGAAAACAGCACCAGAAAGGGCAAAGGCUCCCUCAAGCCGCCAGGUAGCCUUGGCCAAGGAUCUGGGCCAGUGAGAACAGCCUUUUCAUUUGGUCAACUGGUGAUAACUCCAAAUAGCAGAGGGAUUGUCACACCUGCUUAGUGUCCUCCGCCCUCCCCUACGUCUCCCCAGUAUUUGAUUUUGCUCACCAAAGAUGAUAUGGCCCAUUUUUCUCCCAGAGGCAGAGUGACGUGUUCUUCUGUUAGCCUGCGAGGUCACCGCCUUGGUUCUGAAGCCACAGGCUCGGUCCCCCUGAGCCAACAUUCUCUUUCCCUUGGGCUUCUUAACCUUCACAGAAGCUGCUUGUAG